AUGGCACCACGACCUGCUCGCACACUGCCAACUCCGCCGCCGCCUCCCGACCACACAUCUCCCAACGCGCCACGCUUCGAGAUAUUGCCGACUCAGAUUCACGUUUUUGGUUACCCCACCGACCAAGGCGACGGUGCCAACGUCGUUGCUCUCGAAGACGUCUCGGCCGUCGACCUCGAGUUUCUCUCACUGCCCUGGCAGCCCCUCAACAACCCAAUCUGGGAAGCCUCGCGCAACGACCCCAAGUACUUCUCACUCGCGACCCACGUAUCCGUCAACGAUCCGAUCCGCUACCAAGACCAGGCCGCAGAGAACGACUUCUGCCGGCGGCUCCUGCGUCUCGGCGCCCGGCGAUGGGAGACGCUGGACCGGUUCCGCUUCGUGCUUGGUGCCGUUCAUCACGACGACCUUGUCAUGGACAAGAUAGAGGGCGGGUUUGAGCCGGCGCCCGUGUCGGAGGAACGUUGCUGGGUGGCAGUGGCCUGGCCAUUGGCAGGAGGCGUUUGUGGUGCUGAGGUUCCGAGGAUGCUUGCAGGAAUUGGAGAUCAGGGGGAGCAGUCUGCCAAGCAGGAAUUCAAGAUGGACCGCAGGUCUAUUCUGAAAAUGGCGAGGAGUAUGGACGAGAAAGCCAGUGUUUUGUUGGUCACCUUUGAAGGCAAGAUGUACAACUCUGUGGAUGAAGUCGACAGCGUCGUGCUUCGCCAACGAGACCUUGCUUAG